GAAAUGUUGUUACAAAUUCCGGGAGACACUUGUGUACAAAGUACGCAUACGCAUAAUGCCGAGCUUUCAGUUUAUGAGGAAUUUUUUGUUGUGUGUGACCGCCAUCUUGUGGACAAGCAAUGAACUUACAGAGGUGCGUGAAAAAGGGAGUUUUGUACGGUAGAGGGGGCCAUAACGCUGGUUUGCCGUGGCUUUAUGUACCCCGGUACAGCUUGGUACACAGAAGGGAGAGCCAGUCCGCUUACAGCGUCUCCCUACGUUGACUCGGGCCAAAGUUAUCCCGGAAUAGGGACAGCACGCAUGUGCCGUAAACCCGGAUGUAGAUAUUUCUGUGCGCGUUCGGUCCUCGUUUCUCCCAAGUUGAGACACAUUUAGUGCAUUAUAAAUGUCCAACACGCACUCAGCUGGACUGAACCUCUGCGUGUUGUAGUGAGUGACCAGACAGUUUUAUGAACAUGUGACACCUGCGUGGAUGAGGGUGUCGGUCCCGCACGAGGAGCUGCACCUUUGAUAUAACGCAGAAAAGGGAGAAAAAGUGGGUACAACACGUGCACGACUUUAUGUUUUUCUUGUUUUAUUCACGCAUUGUAGAUCAGAAAAUAGUCUGGAUUCUCUCGAAGUUGAAGUAGAGAUCUUCUCUUCUCGCGUGCUUCUUUCUGAGGACCUUUAACUUAACACGCACGAUGGACUUUCGCGGGAGAAGACACGAGAGAGGCAGCAACUGGACCGACCCGGAGAUCGUUGAGCUGCUCCAGCUGUGGUCCGACGAGUCGGUCCAGGUGGAGCUGGAGAGCUCCCUGCGCAAUCAGCGCGUGUUUGACCGCAUCGCGCACAUUUUGCGCGAAAAGGGCAUUUACCGCACAGGCGACCAGUGCAGGGAGAAGAUCAAAAAGAUGAAGCUGGAGUACCGGCGCAUCAAGGACAACCACAAAAUGAGGACCUGGAAGUUCUAUGACGUGAUGGACAGGGUCCUGGCGAACCGGCCGGCCAUCACCUACUCCUCCCUGGGUGGAGCUGUCAUAGCCCAGCAGGUGUUUCAGAGCUCAGGGGGGUCUGAGGCCUUCAUGCAGGGGGGAGCUCCAGCCAGCUCUUUUGGGCCCGCCUCAGCAGGUGGGUUUUUAUUCGGCCAGCCCCCCAAAACUGGAGAUCCGCUGGAUAUUAAGUGUGAAGAUGCUGAGGAGAGUUUGCUGAACUCAGGUGGUGCACCCCCAGAGAUGUACUACGCCUCUGGGGAGGAGCAGGAAACUGAUGGACAGUGUUUGUUGGAACCAGAGUACACCAUGGGUCAGCCUGAGAGCUCGGCCAACACAAGAGCCUCACCCUCAGGUUUCAGUGACCCGAACCUUGGAGGCUCUGCAGCAGCUGGAGGUGCAGGUGUGAUGCAAAACACUCCAGAGGAGCCAGAUAAGGAUAUUUCCCACGCUGCUCACUCCACGAGGCACAGGAAGCGCAGACGGGGCGGCAAAGCAUCAUGGGUCCACGGGAGCAGCCGACUGGGCGGUCAGGGGAGCUUGGAUAAAGUGCUCACCAGCUUCUUGAGCUGGCAGCAGUCUGCAGAGGAGCGCCUGCUCUCCCUGGAGGAGGCGAGGCUGGAGCGAGAGUUCCAGGCCGAGGAGCGCAGGGAGCAGCGGGAGGAGAGGAGGGCGGAACAGGAGCGGCAGCAUGAGCUCAGACUGUUCAGCAUGCUCACGGGGGCACUGCUCUCCGUCCGGCCGGCCGCUCCUGCCGGAGCAUCCCCCGCAGACCCCUCCCCGUCAUCUUCUGUCGCCCCCUCCGCGUCGUCCUCUCUAUCGCAGUCACUCGCCGACGCCCUGCCCACCAGGAAGACGGAAAAGUCACCACCCACAUCUGUCACCACCUCCAAAAUGUCACCCAGCGUCUUAGCAGCAGUGGAAGCUACAGCUCCUCGUGGGCCUAGUGUCUACUUGUCCAACCGUGGUAACAGCAUCCUGCAGCACCAGGGCAUUCUGCAGGAGGGUUUUGCCCAGUAUGGAAUGAACAAACACCACGACUCCCACAACCCCGAUGGUAUCCUCAACUUGGGCACCAGUGAGAACAAACUCUGCUUUGAUCUCCUCCACACACGCUUGACCAAGCCUGACAUGCUCCAUGUUGACCCCUCCAUGUUGCAGUAUCCGGAUUGGACAGGACACGCUUUCCUGAGAGACGAGGUGGCAAAGUUCCUCACUCAUUACUGCUGUUCUCCAAAGCCACUGAAAGCCGACAAUGUUGUGGUGAUGAAUGGCUGUGGUUCCCUCUUUUCAUGCAUCGCUGCAGUAAUUUGUGAUCCCGAAGACGCCGUUCUCAUCCCCACUCCUUUCUAUGGCGUGAUCACUGAAGAUCUGCAUCUCUACAGCAACGUAAAACUCUUCCACGUUCCCCUCGACUGUGAGGCUGAUGGUAAAGACAGCCGACCCUUUCACCUUACCGUUGAGAGACUAGAAGAAGCCCUGAAAAGUGCAAAGCAGCAGGGGGUGAUCAUUCGAGCCAUUAUACUAAUGAACCCCCAUAAUCCUCUGGCUGAUGUCUACACAAUAAAGGAAAUGGUCGCCUUUCUGAAUUUUGCUAAAAGAAAUGAGCUCCACGCCAUCGUGGAUGAGGUGUACAUGCUGACGGUGUUUGAUGAAUCUGUCACCUUUCACAGUGUCCUCAGUAUAGACAGGCUGCCUGACCCGCAGAGGACACAUGUAAUGUGGGGGUUGAGCAAGGACUUUGCAAUGGCGGGAUUCAGAAUUGGCACUCUGUACACUGAGAACACGGACCUUGUGCAGGCUUUGGCCCAAUUAGGCGCCUUUCACUGCAUUCCCGGAACCACACAGUAUCAAGUUGCACAGCUGCUCCAGGACAGAGAGUGGAUCAGCAAGGAGUUUUUGCCUAAAAACAGACAAAGGCUUAAAGCUGCUCACACCUACCUGACUGGAGAGCUGUCCAGCAUGGGCAUCCCCUUUCUGGACAGUUCUGCUGCACUGUAUGUCUGGGCUGAUUUCAGAAAGUACCUCAGGGAGUCGUCCUUUGAGGAGGAGCUGGCUCUGUGGAGGCGUUUCCUCAAACACAAAGUGCUUUUGAGCUGCGGCCAGGCGUUCUCCUGCUCCACACCCGGAUGGUUCCGAAUUGUCUUUGCAGCCCAGCAACAUCACCUUCAGCUUGGAGUAAAGCGUUUUCUGGAGGCUUUGAAAGAAACCCAAGAAGGAAGGGCCGAUCCUGAUACACACUCCUUCAAUGGAGCUCUGGAGGAGAGCCGAAAAUCAGUCAAAUCAGACAUCGCGGACUCAGACAAUGCCUCAGUUGUUAAUUCAGCAUCAUCACCGCAAAGCAAGUCAUCAGAGCAGCUGAAGGAGAAGGAGAGCCCCGCUCCUGACACGGACUUACUCGCCUCUGAGGAGUUUGUUUUGCUCGACUGCCAAGCUUCUAAGCCCACAGAGAGUCUUGCCUCUCUCAUUGGCACCCUUAGACAUCAGAUUCGAUCCUCUGAUUGGCUGGAGAAAAACACUCCAGAGCUGUCUGCUGGGGAGGACCCAGAGAUUCUUGAUGUGUUCAAAGCCUUGCUGCAAAGAGCCAAAAAGUAAGCUGAAGGUAAACAAGCAUGAAAGCACCUGCCAGAACUUGAAGAGGCAGUACUUAAGCAUCCGUCUCGCUGCCUGCGCUUAUUCUGAGGAGCACGGCAAAAAAAAUCGAAUCAAAGGUGAAGUCAGUUAAUGCUGUUUUUUGAGGAGCGUAUCAGCAGAGAAGUUUUAAAAAAUGACAUUACAAGUGAAGAUGAGAUAAGAUUGUCCUUGUGCCUCUGAAAGCCUUAAUGUGAAGCUGGAAAGAAAUGCUUUUGUUUUUUAAAAAAUGUGCAUCAACCCACUUCUAUUCAAAGUGAAUGCCAAAGUUAAUUGAAGAUCAGUCAAGUCUUUAUUUUGCUUAAUCUACUUUACAAGCAAUGUAUUUGUAUCUGUGAAUAAAGAAAAUGAUUAUACAGAA